CACAUUGCCAGUACAUUUUGUGACUUGAGAAGAUAUCAAAUAUCAGAUAUCGCAAAUCCAUAUCAGAUUCAGUGCAAUGGAAGAGGCAAUACCAGAUUGGUUAACCAAUGAAUUUCUCACUCAGUGUCUCAGAGGAGAAGAGACCAAACGUGACAUUGUAGUGAUCAAUCACAAAUUGUCUCCAGUGGCUCCCCCUGGCAACAACUACGGCAGUUUCAUCACCAGGGUGAGAAUUGAAUACAAACAUUCUGCUGACAAAGAGUUGCACAGUAUAUCUCUGAUAUUAAAAUCAGAACUUACACAAGGAGUAGUGAAAGAAGCGUUCGACAAUCUAGGCGAACUCCAACAAAGCGAGUAUGACUUUUAUUACAAAUUUAUUCCAAAAGCAGCCAAACUACUUGACACAUCUUCGUUUGCACCACAGAGUUAUCUCCCUCCAGUAAACGGUAUCACCGUACUAGAAGAUUUGAAAGCGAACGGCUUCGUAAUGGCCGAUAGAACAAAACAGUUGGACUACGAUCACUGCAGAUUGUACAUGGACGCUGCAGCAAGCAUGCAUGCUGCAUAUGUAGCUGUUCACAAACAAGAUCCAAAUGUCAUAGAAUCGAUAGAAAAAGAGAAAAUGUUCUCGAAUGAAGUAGGUGGGCAUGAAAUGUUCUUAUCGAUGAUCAAAGGAGGUAUGACUGUUCUGGCUGACGCUACUGAGAAAGCUGAUGGGUUUCAAAAGUAUGCCAGAGUGUUAAGAGAUGCAAUACCAGUCUUGUGGGAGGCCUUGGUAGAAAUCCACAAACCUUGUGAUUACAUCAACACCAUCAACCAAGGAGACCCUUGGACCACCAAUAUGAUGUUCAAGUAUGAUGAUGAGGGUAACGUCACUGAAGUCAAACUCAUAGACUUCCAAUGUCUACGGUACGCAUCACCCUUCAAUGAUGUGGUGUUUUUAAUUUGGACGAGUGCAAAUAACUAUGUGCGGACACAUAAGCUCAAUGAACUGUACCAGAAUUAUCUUUAUACUUUCAACAACAAACUAGAAGAAACACAUUGUACCGAGAGGUUGACAUACACACAGAUGAAGGAGUCGUUAAGAAGGUUAAGUCCCUUAACAAUUUUCCUGGCUGCAAGCUGGUAUCCUCUUCUCACCCAUCCAGAUGCAGUAGACUUUGGGAAAUUCCUUCCAAAGGAAGGUGAAAACAGCGAAGAAGUUGUCUUGAAGUAUUACCAGCAUUUUUAUAAUGAAAAGUUCUGCAAAGAAGAAGUUCCCCAACUUCUAGAACAGAUUGAAAAGGAAGGGGUGUUUGAAGAUUUGGAGGCUCUUCUGAACAAAUGUUGAAUCUUUAAUAAUUCUGUGUAGAAUAUCUUACAAUGGAUUUAAAAUAGCUUCAUCUGUAGGUCUACAGAUGUUGAACUAAAUUUUAUAGUUGUCUUUACAUUUACAAAUGAUAUUUAAUAUUGUUUCAUCCCUCUGGUAAAAUUAAUAACAUAUA